AUGGCUGUACGCGAUACAUGGUUGUCUCGCAUUAGUAAUUAUUAUUUUUUAAGUUCAAAACCAUAUCCAUAUUUGCCAGUUACCGUUAUUCCAAAUACGCAGGAAGAUUAUUUAUCAAACAUGAAUAAGACGUUUUAUGGCUUAGAGAUUAUUUAUAAACAUCAACAAAAAAAACCUGAGCAUCAACGGCAGAAGUGGUUUUAUAUAAUUGGAUGUGAUACAUAUGUUGACGUAAAUCAUCUGUUGAAACGUUUAGAUCCAUUUGAUUACAAAGAAGUCUAUUUCAUUGGAGGAUACACACUUUCAAAAAUGUGCUGGGGUGAAAACGGUACACAGUUUCCAGUUGAGUUUGUCGCUGGCGGCCCUGGUAUUCUUUUGAGUUAUAAACUCUUGGAAGUGUUGCGAUCAAUUAUGUUACCGUACUUUGAAAACGUAUGGCCCAAAGACAAUCCUUGGUCUGAUGUUGCCUUAUCUUGUAUGAUUAAAAAGUUAGGUUAUAACUCAACAAUUGUCCCUGGUUUUUAUGCUUUUACUCCAGCACGUACAUUCGGAACAAACGGACAUAAGCAAGUGCAGAACGAUUUCGAGCCAAAUAACUGGCAUUAUGUUCCCCAUCAGCAAAUGUAUGAAUUAGAUGAAUAUCACGUUUUCCACUACAUUGACAGACUUGUUAAUGAUCAGAACUGGCUUGAGCUCACACAAUUCACGCGAGACUUUGUAGCUAGUCAUUACGAGGUGUUAAGAAAAAAAAACCAAGAAUGUGAACUGCCAAAAAUAUAA